AUGUCUACGCUACGCUUAGAUGCUCUAGCAGCGCCAGCGCAAUCAUCGUCACAGCCUGUAACAGUGAAUCCUACGCCAGCCAAUGUUAUUUCUCCACAAAUUCGCCAAACACAGCCACUUCCUGUACAGCCACCGCUACCCAUCGAACAGAAUUCGUACUGUGAUAUUACGCCACCAUCAGCACUAAGUAUGCUUCCGAGCGGUGCUGCUCGAGAUGCUCAGGGAGAUCCCUGUCCAUGGUUAAAUCAGAAUUAUAAUUUGGAUGUGAUCCGGCUGCCCUCCACGCCAAUGUCUGAUCACUGGUGUUCAAUAUCAUAUUACGAAUUGGAUACGCAAAUCGGUGAAGCAUUUCGAGUGCGAAAAGACCAAACUGAAGUGAGUGGUUUUUUUUUCUUCUCUGGGAAGUAUGCAUUCUGCAGGUCUUGCCUUUUUGUUUUUUUUUUAAGAAAUUACUAA